AUGGAUGUGAAGCGGGUUCCUAAAGUUGGUCGUCCAGCUAAGGGAUACAUCAAAUCGAAAAUUCCAAUAGCUGCAGAAUUGCCAGAUACCUCGCUGGUUGGACCAUCCUCUCUUCACUGUGCUAAGCUUGAAGAGGAAUCAAUUUCAAAGAAUCCGGUUAAAAAGAAGCCAGAAGUAAAUACAGAAGAUCGUUUUGAAGGUCUUAUGGCGAUGGCGUAUGCAGUUGAUAUCCUUGAAAAAGAAGAGGAAAAUGAAGAGGUGCUCAGAAAGCGGAGACAAGAGGAUGCCGCCAAAAAACGAGAACUUCGAGCGUCGGAAAGCAAAGCCGAGAGAAGAAAACGUCUUGCGAAGAACAAAGCCAAUGGUCGAAAGCGGCGAGCAUUGGAAUCUGAAGAAGAGCGAAGAAAGCGACUCGACCGAGAUGCUGAACGUAAGCGUGCUCAACGAUGCAACGAGACAGAAGAAGAGGGGCUUAUUCGUCGGGAAAAAUCGAUUGGACAUCGAAGAAAAUACCUUGCAAAUCAGUCACUAGACAAGGCGAAUGCUAGAAGAGCCCGCGAAGCUGAAAGACGUCGAAAUGCAUUGGCUAACGAGACCAAGGAGCAGGCUGAUAUUCGUCGGGAGAAGAAUGCGAUCCGAAGAAGGGAAGCGUUGAAAAGAGAGACUUCGGAGCAAGCAGCAAUCCGACGAGAGAAGGAUGCCGUGAGGCGGCGGAACUAUUUGAAAACUGCAACCGAUGAAGAGAAGGAGGCUAUGCGAGCCAGAGAUGCCAAAAGGAAGAAGAAGGCUCGUCGAGAAGCAGAAGACGAUUCUGAUGAUUACGAGCCGCCAGCAGUUUUUCAGAGCCGGCUCAUGGCUCGUCGCACAUCAUCCCGGAAAUAA